GGAGGAAGCCCAGCAGCUAGCUGAUAAGUUGAAGAAAAUCACUGUGGCAGACAUAAUUGAGAGUAUGAAAGUAACCUUUGUGCCAUUUUCCAUUCAGGAUGGUCAAACUUGCCGUAUUUAUAAGCUUGAGAUGACACUCCACAUACCUGAACAUCUUCAAACCAUUGUUGAAUAUUCAUCAGAAGAUUGGGAGGAAAUCCUAGAGACUCUGUUUGUUAGGGAGUUGGAAGACGCCAUACAAAAUCAUAUUCUUUUGCUUUCUAAAAUUAGUGGUAUUAAAAAUUUCAUGCCUGAUUCACAACCGAAGGCAUCAAAUGAGACAGAUGAAAAUCGUUCUGAAAAAAUAUCUCAACGUGAGGAAGAAGAUGAUGACAAUGGUGGUGCAGAUGAUGGUGAACAUGGUGAAGGGGUCGAGGAUUUUGGUCUGGAUGCACAUAAGCGAAAGCUACAAGCUACAGAUGAGAUGGAUUAUGAAGAUGGCUGUGAUGAUGAAGUGAGAGAAGCAGACUUGUCAGAUGGAGAUGAAAGUGAAAUUGAUGAGGAGGAAAGUGAAGUUGAAAUUGGGGUUAUCGAUGCUAGUGAUGAAAUGCCUGGAAGUCCUUUAGAAGAAGCUGGGGACCUAGCUAAGCCCAAGUCAAAGGAGAAAAAGACCAAAUCGGGAACCCAAAUUAGAAAGAAAAGGAAGGUCCGAGCAGAGAUGGUAAAAAAGGAGACUGACAGGGCAAUUUUUGUAUCAGCAAAGGGGUUUCACUUCGAGGUCCAUUUUAGAUUUACCGACAAUGAACCUCAUAUUUUGCUGUCUCAGAUUGCUCAGAAGACAGCCCAGAAGGUUUAUAUACAGAGAUCUGGAAAGGUUGCAGACUGUAAACAAAUUACUUGUGAUGAAAAUCAAGUCCUCUGCUUUGGGAAGGAUCCUGAAAAUAAACAAAGUUUUUCAUCCAAGGAAAAAAAGGAGAUGGCAGCUCUGCAAACUACUGGAAUUGAUUUCGGUACAUUUUGGAAACUGCAAGAUGUUCUUGAUGUCAGGUAUAUUUAUUCCAAUAACAUACAUGCGAUGCUGAACACUUACGGAGUAGAAGCCGCCAGGGAAACUAUCAUCCGAGAAAUAAAUAAUGUUUUCAAGUCUUACGGAAUAUCCGUCAACAUUAGGCAUCUUACACUAAUAGCUGACUUUAUGACUCAUGCUGGUGGUUAUCGUCCAUUGAAUCGAUUUGGAGGCAUCGUGGAGUCGAUAUCUCCGUUUAAUAAAAUGACUUUUGAGACAGCUUCCAAGUUCAUUGUUGAAGCAGCAUAUCAUGGGCAGGUGGAUCGCUUAGAAACCCCAUCUGCUAGGAUCUGUCUUGGAUUGCCAGUCAAUGUGGGUACUGGAUGUUUUGAUUUGAUGCACAAGAUGGAGGUUGAAUGCACACAGAGAUAGAUUAUAUAUAUAUAUAUAUAUAUGAGACUUUUACAUAUUUUGGGCCAAUUGCAG